AUGGUACGGAUCAAACUCAAGUCGGUCAUUACCAUUGCAGUGCCACGGGCAUCUCAGGCAACGAAUGGAGACAUGUCUCACUUUGCUGGAUUGAGCCCCUCAACUGUGUCUACUUCUACUCGCGAACACGUUCUACUGCAGAUUGACAAGCGGUUUCGUCCAGACACCGCGCAAUUCCGGCCCACAGAACAGUCUUCGCCCCAGAAGAACACAUCUGGCCGACUAGACCGUCCAGGCUAUUACGACUGGUCCUUCCACUUUGAUAUUCCGGAGCAAGGGACAAACAAAAAUACGCUACCUAAUGGCUUCCCUGGCGUAGGUGGUUUCUACCCCCCUAGCUACGUCUUGGAGAGUGAUCCGAUCCAUGGGCGUCGUGAGGAAUGGGCUAGUGUCAAAUGGUACCUCAAGGUCACCGUGGAGCGGCCUGGUCUCUUCCGCUCUAACGACAGAACGCUUAUUCCUUUCAUAUAUAUGCCACCCCCGCCCGACUCAGUAAGCUCGCUACUGAUUCAGCGUCAAGCCCUCUCAGCUCAGACGCAGGACCUGGUGACUCAUGCUACUAUUCCUUUCGCAAUUCCCGGUACGCUAGCUGAAUCUCCAAGCAAAUGGAAGGCCCAUUAUAUGCAAUUAAAUGAAGCAGCUCUCGGCCAACAUAUUAAGCGCACCUUCUUUCAGAAGUUGACAGGCUCCAACAAGCCAAAGCAAGAGCGCUGGGCACUUUCUCUCCCAGGGAACCCGCUGGCCGUAUUUCCGCUUCGAGCUGUUAUUCCUUUUAUCUUGACGCUUGUUCACAGCGCUGAAAUGCCUCUCGUUGUUCAUCCUCACGUUGCUCUGGUUCAAAGAGUGCAUCUUAAGGCUCGCUCUACCGCCGCACAUUCACAGUAUAUUGCGCAUGCGACUGUCGUCACAUCAUCACUGAGCAAGUCGGGGAUGCAGCAGUGGUUUGGAUGGAUCCAGUUCCCUAACUGGUGUACACCCACCUUUGAUACCCACUCUCUUGGUGUGGAAUACUUUCUACAGGUCAAGCCACUAAAAACGCCGGAGGCUCAAGUUCUCUUGAAUAUCCCUGUGGGGCUCUACUGCUCACCACCGCGGCUUCUUCAGACACUUAAUUCAGCUUCAGCUUCGGCACAGUCACAGCGACCGGCGUCCUUGAAACAUGCUAGUAUUUCAUCUACUAGCCGUCGUGUAUCUAACGGCAGCAUUGGUACCAUACGGACGUCCAACCCGUCAGUGGAUGGGCAAACACCUGUCUCAGAAACUUCUUCACAAGUGGGCUUGGCAGGCAUUGGUUUAUCCCGCCUUGCCAAUGCUGCAUCAAGCAGACCUGAAUCACCUCGUGUCACAAGCAAUCCGUCUGUUGGGUUACCGUCAACAGAGAGCACCCCACAAGAGCUCGUUGCUAGGCGUGUUCCACCACAACCGAUACCCGAAAAUACCCCAGUGCCGAGUACAUAUCCUACCACUGCUACUCAAGAGACGCAUGACGGCGGCGGUGAAGAUUUAAUUGAAGCACUCGUGGAUGAAUAUUCCCAUGAGCAAGCUACGGCAAUACCGCCCUCUUCAAACCGCCCAUCAGAAGUUCAUACGGUACACGAUGCGGGUCCUUUGACACGUGAGCAGGAAGAAGCAUGGACAAGGGACAUUCUUGCUCAUGCUUUCAACGAAGAUGAUAUCAUUCAAGGGUUUGAUCUGCCACCAUCCUACUUUGAAGCGACUGGUAUCCAGGACACAGACGAGUGA